AUGAUUAUCCGCAAGUAUCUUCUCAACACCUGGGUGGCAUCCAACAUCCUGACCUCCCUAGCCGGGAGCACCUGGCUGGUCUUGCGCUUCUUGCCGAUUCCCCGGGUGGACCGGCUGCCGGCCGCCGCACGCGGCGCCAAGGCCGCCGCGGCUGCCGCCGCCGCCGCCGCCGCCGCCCAGCCGAAGUUCGACCCGAGCGGGCUCUUCCCCGAUGUGGACCCGGUUCCGACGCUGGCCACCUCGGCCGGAGCCGCCGGCGUGACGGCCGCCGCCACCGCCGGCGCCACCACGUCGUGGUGGAUGUCUGCGCUGAUUGCCUUCUCCUGGUUUGUGUAUGUCCUCUACAUUUUGGCUUGCGUUGGGGCGCUGCUCUCCUUUGCCUCCAGCUCGAUCCAAGCCUUCCGGCCCACCCUGAGCAAGGGCAUGCCGGCUGGCGGGCCCUCCCAGCUGGCGCGCAUGCUUCUGCGCGAUGAGAAGGUCCAGUAUUCGCUGCUGGCUCUGCUGCUGAUCAUCAAGCCCUUUGACUAUGGUCUUCUGCCAUAUGUCAUCCUCUCGCUGUUCCACGUGUCGGACAUGCUCCGGUCCUCGACCACCACGCAGAUUCCGGCUUUCCUGCUCCAGCAGGCCAAGCGCGUGACUGCCAUCUUCGACCAGUACCGCCCGUCGGCCAUCGAGUUUGUCACCCUCUAUGAGAUUCUCCUCAUCCCCAUCUCCUUCUUCAGCAUCUUCUUUGGCACCUCGAUCAUCUACUUUGCCCUGUACGCGUCGCUCAUUGUCUUCCGACUGCGUAACACCAACCCGGCCCGCAACAAGUCCACUGCCUCCCCGGCGGCCGGACCCGGGACCGGGCCUGGUGGCCGUAGCACCUCCACCCGGGCCUCGGCGCCCAGUUCCUCCGAGAGCAUGGCCCCGCACACCCGCCGCGCGGCGGUCUCCCUCGGGACCAGCAUCGAUGCCCUGGUGCACCGGACUGCCUGGCUCCCGGCCCCGGUCCGGUCGACCUACGCCCUUGUUCGGAGCAAGAUCCUUGAGAUCGUUUAGGCCGGCAGGCAAGGUGGUCCUGCCACCACCAUGCACGCAGGUGUGCCCCAUUCCGCAUGACAGUUCGCCCGCGUGACGGGCCGCCCACUUGCGCCUGUGUGUGGCUCAACGUCGCCAUACCUCUCCCCCCCCCCCUCGCCUCUCUUUUCUGCUUUUCGCUUCGCUUUCUGCAUCGGGGCAGCAGACCCCCCCCCCCCCCCCCCUUCCC